GCCGGGCCACGUCCCCGCGCCGGGCGCGGUCGGGGGGCGCCGAGCCCGUCCCGCCGCCGCGGCGCAUCCCUCGGCGCGGGGAGCGGCGCUUGGCCAUUUGGUGCCGGUGGAGCUUCGCGGCGAGGGAAGGAGCGAUGGGGGGACGGCAGGGGGGACUCCGGCUCCGGGCCGCCGGCGACCGCCCUCCGCUGGGCACUCGCCCGUCCUGGCCGGAGCGCGAGCUGGGCCGGCCGGCACGGGCGGAGGGGCUCGGAGGAAGGCCCCUGCCCGCUGGAAUCUGGGCUUUCCCUGGCCUCCUUCCCACCCGGCGGGACACGGCGGCGGGGCGCUGCUGACCGCCCCUGGGGCUGAGCGGCUGGGGCUCCUGGCCCCUGUGACGUGGAAGCUCUGGCCGGUACCCACACUGGCACCUCUGCUUUCUGGCCCGAGGGCUCCCUGUGCCCGACCGCUAGGGCCGCCCCUGUAGCGACGGCACGCAAACGUGUCUGCGGGCGGGUGCCGGUGGAUCUGGCCUGGCGAGCGGGCUGUGGAGCUGGUUAAGCCUCUCCAAGAAUUGAGAACUCUGCUUUACACAAAGCCGAGGGGAGUCUACCCCUGCCCAAGCACCCACAGAGGGUGGGGGUGCCCAGCCCAUGGUGACUCACGCCUUCAGCGCCCCGGGAUGCCGUCUGGAGCCCGGAUGCCCCACCAGGGGGCGCCCAUGGGCCCCCCGGGCUCCCCAUACAUGGGCAGCCCCGCCGUGCGACCCGGCCUGGCCCCCGCGGGCAUGGAGCCCGCCCGCAAGCGAGCAGCGCCUCCGCCCGGCCAGAGCCAGGCCCAGAGCCAGGGCCAGCCAGUGCCCACCGCCCCCGCGCGGAGCCGCAGUGCCAAGAGGAGGAAGAUGGCUGACAAAAUCCUCCCUCAAAGGAUCCGGGAGCUGGUCCCUGAAUCCCAGGCUUACAUGGACCUCCUGGCGUUUGAGAGGAAACUGGAUCAAACCAUCAUGCGGAAGCGGGUGGACAUCCAGGAGGCUCUGAAGAGGCCGAUGAAGCAAAAGCGGAAGCUGCGUCUCUAUAUCUCCAAUACCUUUAACCCUGCGAAGCCCGAUGCUGAGGAUUCUGACGGCAGCAUCGCCUCCUGGGAGCUGCGGGUGGAGGGGAAACUCCUGGAUGACCCCAGCAAGCAGAAGCGAAAGUUCUCUUCCUUCUUCAAGAGUUUGGUCAUUGAACUAGACAAAGACCUUUAUGGCCCUGACAACCACCUAGUUGAGUGGCACCGGACGCCCACCACCCAGGAGACGGAUGGGUUCCAGGUGAAGAGGCCGGGGGACCUGAGUGUGCGCUGCACGCUGCUCCUCAUGCUGGACUACCAGCCUCCCCAGUUCAAACUGGAUCCCCGCCUGGCCCGGCUGCUGGGCUUGCACACGCAGAGCCGCUCAGCCAUCGUGCAGGCCCUGUGGCAGUAUGUGAAGACCAACAGGCUGCAGGACUCCCACGACAAGGAAUACAUCAAUGGGGACAAGUAUUUCCAGCAGAUUUUUGAUUGUCCCCGGCUGAAGUUUUCUGAGAUUCCCCAACGCCUCACAGCCCUGCUGUUGCCCCCUGACCCAAUUGUCAUCAAUCACGUCAUCAGCGUGGACCCGUCGGACCAGAAGAAGACGGCGUGCUAUGACAUUGAUGUGGAGGUGGAGGAGCCACUGAAGGGGCAGAUGAGCAGUUUCCUCCUGUCCACGGCCAACCAGCAGGAGAUCAGCGCUCUGGACAGUAAGAUCCAUGAGACGAUUGAGUCCAUAAACCAGCUCAAGAUCCAGAGGGACUUCAUGCUAAGCUUCUCCAGAGACCCCAAAGGCUACAUCCAAGACCUGCUCUGCUCCCAGAGCCGGGACCUCAAGGUGAUGACAGAUGUGGCAGGCAACCCUGAGGAGGAGCGCCGGGCUGAGUUCUACCACCAGCCCUGGUCUCAGGAAGCGGUCAGCCGCUACUUCUACUGCAAGAUCCAGCAGCGCAGGCAGGAGCUGGAGCAGUCGCUGGUGGUGCGCAACACCUAGGAGCCCUGCAAAUGAGCACCGCGGGCCAGGGCCACCUGACCCAGGCUCUGCCAGCACCCCUCUGCCCACCUGUGGGAGGUGGGGAACUGGAUUAAAGGUCAUUCA